AUGUUAAUGUCAGAAGCUGAUGAAGUGGCUGCUACAAUAUCAGACUACUUGGUUACAAGAUACGGGUUUAACAAGGAAUGCAAAGUAUUGAGGUGUACUGGAGACAACCCUGCUACUUUAGUAGGCAUGUCUUGUAGAGACCAGGACCUUAUUCUAUCCCUCGGAACGAGUGAUGUUCUGAUUGGAGUGUCUGGUCACGUGACGCCCUCCCCUGAUAUACACGUGUUCUGUAAUCCCCUGAACAGUAACUCUCACAUGUUCAUUAUCUGCUACAAGAACGGAAGUUUGGUCAGAGAAGAGUUGAAAGAUAAGUAUUGCGGAGGAGAGUGGGAGAGAUAUAACCAGAUGUUAUCUACACAGGAUAACCCUCCCUUAGUGGGUAACUACCUGCCUCUACCUGAAACCUGCCCUGCUGGUCUGGUCGGUGCUUUCUGUUCUACUGAUCCAGAGAGGUUACCUUUGUCUCAUCCUCCUGAAACUAUAGUGCGCACUGUAACAGAAGGACAGUUUCUGAGUAAGAGGCACGAUAUCUCAGCAGCUGGCUUCAAACCCACCUCUAACACUCGUCUCAUUGUAGUGGGAGGAGGAAGCGUUAAUAAUACUUUACUAAACCUUAUAAGCAACGUGUUCGGGGUAGACGUGUAUCGUGCUUCCAGUGCUAAUGCUGCAGCACGCGGUGCUGCGCUGCUUGCUUUUGCUGGGGUUAAUGGUGUGGGGAGGAUGGAGGAGUUGAGAACUGAAUAUGAGCUGGUUUCCAAGACAAACCCUGAACUGUACCACACUUACUGUGGUAUGAGGGAGAAUUAUGUUGAUUUACAGAAAGAGUAUUUAUAUAGCUCAUUACAUAAAGAAUAAGUUAACUAAAGUGAUAAUUUUGUGGAAAUGAUAAAGCCAUAAUUAAAGUGAAACUCCACUCAAAAAACUAUUUUAUAUUUCAAUUUUUUAAAUAACUCGUUUCAUUAUAAUAUAAUUAUUAGCAUUAAACAAGGUUAACUCAGCAGUAAAUAUUUGGUCUACUAACUGGUACAAUAAUAUCAUGAUCGAGAAUGAGAUUUGGGGAUAAAAAAUGAUCUGUGGUCGAUUUAGCCGAACUCGAUUCCCUCACUACCUCUUUGUAUUUACAGUGAUGAUCAAUGCUGGAUAUAAUAAUAUUUUAACAGGGA